CUCUCUCUCUCUCUCUCUCUCUCUCUCUCUUGAUCUCGAUCUCGAUCGCGAGCAAUAUUCACAGUACUUGAAGUGGGUGAAGAACAAGUAGGUUCGACAUUCGCACUUUCGGGCAUCGAUGAUUAACACGUUUGACAACUCUUGGGAAGAACAGGCGUUUGUCAAUGAUGCGAACGGCAGGCCUCUUGGAGGGUUCGUUUGGCCUCCAAGAUGUUAUUCAUGUGGCUUCUGUAAAAGAGAAUUUUGGUCAGCUCAAGCUCUAGGUGGCCACAUGAACAUCCACAGGAGGGAUAGAGCUAGGCUCAAGCAGUACUCUCUCAAAAGUCCUGAUCAGAGUCAAGUUCUUCAUCAUCCAAACCAUAGCCACCAUCCUUGCAAAUCACUCGCUGAUCUUUCAUACCCAUCUCAGGUUCAUCAGGAGCGCCAAAAGGAGUUGUCUCAAUACUCUUCCCCACCAUCUUGUUUAGAUUCCAACGGAGUCGGACUCCUCAGUGUUUCCGACCUCAAAAGUGCAUAUGGAGCAGGGAGAGAAGGAUUUGCGUUUCUGCGAAACGGUGAGAAUUGUGUUGAGAAAAGUUUGGCUAUGGGGUUUGACUUGAUUGAUUCUCCAAAUAGGCCAUAUGGGUCUGAUUUUGAUCAUGAGGUGAUUAACACUAGUAGUAAGAGACAUAAGACCACUACCACUACUACAUGUAGUACUGUUUCCUCAGUUCCAUUCUUCCUCAAUCAGUAUUCAAAUGAUGGAUAUUCCUUGGAGGACUUAGAUCUGGAGCUCAGGCUCGGUGACCAGCCAAAGGUGAAGUAGAAUGUGCACCCCAAACAUGUGGUUCGCCAUGAAUAUGUUGUUUUGAAAUGGUCACGGUGUUCUUGGACUAGUGAAUAAUUUCACUUCUUUAGGUGCCCAGGUGGUAAUAGAGAGAGAGAGAGAGAGAGAGAGAGAGAGAGAGAAUUUCCUUUCUUUUGUUUCAGGUAAAAGCCUCCACAUGUGUACUUGUUGAACUCUGGCAUACAAUGAAAUGCUCAGUCUAUAUGCUAGCUUGAUCUUUCUUUGAUAUUAUAACUAGUGUGUGUGAAUUCCACACACUAGUGCGUUAGUAUGUGACGCCUAUACAUUUAUG